CAUAUCUGGAAACUCCUCUUCUCAUAUAUAAUUGUGUGAUAAGACAAUUUAUCAGCGUGUUUGGUUCUGACAUACCACGAGUUUUAGGCAGCAGAUGGGAUGUGUUUUCUGAGGGAGGCAAGACUCUUCUUGAUAUGGCUUCAGAAAUCACGUACGCAGAAGUGAAAUUCAAGAAUGAAUCCAACUCCUCAAGCACCUACUCAGAAUCUGCUGCAGCUCCCAAAGGGAAGCCCACCCCUCAUCUAAGUAAGCCUGGUCGCCCCUCGCUGCUCUUUACAUCACUGAUGGCACUUUUCCUCCUGUUGACCAUCUCAUUCUUGGUUGCUUUCAUCUUGUAUUAUCAAAAGUACUCUCAACUUCUUGAAGAAAAAAAAGUUAUAAAAGAUCUAACUCACAAAGAAUUGAACUGCAAAAAAGACAUUACAUUUCUGUCUUGUCCCCAAAACAAAGUCUGCAGCUGUUGCCCAAAGGACUGGAAACCAUUUAGUUCCCACUGCUACUUCAUUACGAUUGACCCUGCAUCUUACAGCAAGAGUGAGGAGAAGUGCUCCAGCAUGGGUGCUCAUCUGAUGGUGAUCCACAGCCAGGAAGAGCAGGAUUUCAUCACCAAGAUCCUGGAUCCUAAAUUUGCUUAUUAUAUUGGUCUUUUGGAUCCAGGUCGUCGACAGUGGCGAUGGGUUGAUCAGACACCAUACAAUGAAAAUGCCAAGUUCUGGCACUCAGGUGAGCCCAACGGUAACGAUGAACAAUGUGUUAUAAUAAAUCAUCGAAAUUCUGGUUGGGGCUGGAAUGAUGUCCGUUGCAAUGUUGAACAGAAGUCAGUUUGUCAGAUGAAGAAAAUAUACUUAUGAAUGAAUCAUUCUUCAUGGACAUGGGAUUGCCUUUUUAUCCAGCAUCUCACAGACACCUAGAAAGAUCUUCUUGUGGAAGAGAUGUCCAUAAAAAUUUAGGUAGGCAGCCAACAAUUUUAUAUAUGAUAAUACUUAUUCACAUA